CAAGUCAAAUUUGUCAAAAGAUAUUUUUAGAAAAAAUAUUUGUUUAUCAACGCGAUUUUUAUUUUCACUUCCAUAUUUAAAUUUUGUGUUUUUGCUUGCCAUUAAAAGAAAAUUUCAAUAACAAACGAGGAGCAAAUCUAGAUCCUGCAUGAGAUGAAAUGUAAAUUUUAUGGUUUCUUGCAUAAUAUAACUAAUGGUUUAUUUCAAAUGAUGGAUAACAGUUCUUGCAUGUGUGAUGACCGAGAAACGGUAGAAGCCGGUCCAAGCACAUCACAAAUUUCAGUACCAAAAGACAAUACAAAAAAGAGUAGAAUUAAUUUUUUUAAUAUCUGUCGUGACCGACCACUUCCUUUCACGUCGAAACGCGAAAAAAAGCCGACAUCGUCUAAUAGAAGCUCGACAUCCAUGAAAAAAUCACCCAAAUGGGGUAUUAAAUUCAGAUUCAAAAGGACCACAACACAGGAAAACCAAAAUUGUUGUCAAUGUACGUGUUAUCGUAAUUAUUCUAAUGAAAACAAUAAUGUACCUGCGGGAUCUAAUGAAAGUACUAAUGAGAGAGAAAGUCAGAGCUCUCUAAAAAGUUCUGAAUCAUCGAUCAGUAUUUCUGAUAAUAAUGUAACUAGAGAAGAAGAACAAGAAGCGAGUGGAACAGCGGCAGUUACUGAAGUGAAUGGUGUUAAAGGGAUAUAUGGGACAGCACCAGCCACUAGUUCCAUACCUAAUAUUAUAAUAAGUUCCCCUUUUAUGGAUAUGCAAUGGAUGAGGGGUCAACCCGAAGAUUGCGAAGAAGCUGCUAGAAUAGCUAGAGCUAGAGAAAUAGAAGAAGGUGUCGUAGCUCCUGCGAAUUUCCGUUUAAUCAAGAGGGUUCAGUUGUUGUGUUCUGAUACUGAAACAGAAUCACAAGCUCCGAGGAGGUUACAACUGGUUUGUUCUCCUGAUUUCAAUGUCGAAUCCUUGAAAUCGUUGUUCCAAAAUCAUGUUACUUUCAGAUCGGGUCCGUUAGAUACGAUAACAGGAUGUCAUACUCAAGUUGAUUUUAUACAUUGUUUGGUACCCGAUUUAUUAACUAUCACCAAUUGCAGUUUUUAUUGGGGUAAAAUGGAUCGAUACAAAGCUGAAGAGUUACUCGAAGGCAAACCCGAAGGGACGUUUUUAUUGCGAGAUUCGGCUCAAGAAGAAUUCCUAUUCAGCGUAUCUUUCCGAAGGUACGGUAGAUCUUUGCACGCGAGAAUAGAACAAUGGAAUCACAGAUUCAGUUUCGAUUCACAUGAUCCGGGUGUAUAUACGUCAAUCACUGUAUACGGUUUAAUAGAACACUACAAAGAUCCUAGCAGUUGCAUGUUCUUCGAACCGCUAUUAACUUGGCCUUUAAAUAGAAAAUUCCCUUUUUCCCUUCAGCAUUUAGCUAGGGCGGUAAUUGUAUCAUCGAAACUCAAUUACGACGAUAUAAAUCAAUUGAAGUUACCAAAAGAUAUCAAAAACUACUUGAAGGAAUAUCAUUAUAAGCAGAAGGUUCGCGUCGAAAGGUUCGACGAAGAUACGCCAUGGUUGGAUAUGAGAGAUAUUCCUACUUGAUUUGCAAUCAGGAUACUCAGAAUUCGAAUGCUGUUAUCGAAAAAUUUUUAUUAGAAAAACCGCAUGGAUUUCUGUAUUUUUUUUUUUCGAAUAUUAAUAUGUACCUACAUAUCAAUUUUAAGGUAUCUCUGUUUUUGUGAUAAAAAAAAGUACGGCACAUUUUGAUAUUUAAAUCGCCAAUUUUUUUUGUGUUGGUAAUGUCUCUUGAGAUACCAGCAGCAGUUAGCUACUAAUUUGGUAACGUUUUAUUUUUUUUUAUGUCUGUGGAACCUUUCACUUUACUUUUCGCUGUAACCUCCUUAGAGAAAAAGUCAAAAUGGGAAUGUACGAGGCGCCUUUUCACGCUCAUGUUACUGUAUCCAAGAUUUUUACAACGAUGUAACGUUGUUUCUACUAGUAUUUGUACUCUUGAUCUUUAUUGUUGCCAGGAAAAACUUUUUUUCUGAUUCAUAUUUGUGACUUCUGAAAGAUACUUGAAGCAGGCGUCUCCUUUGGUUAAGCGAUAACAAAUUGCUUUAUGUGCGAAUUAUACCGGAUCCGUUUCUCCCAUUUGCUACAUUACAACCUGGAAAAUGUUGAUUUCCGUUCAAAAAAAUUUUAUUUCCAAAGUAGAGGUGGGAACUUAUCUCAAUAUUUGUAUGUGCCGUGUUUUUUUAUUUAUGUAGCUAGUUUCUCAGCAUAAUGAUUAUUAAUUUUUUUCCCGCUGUUUGAAACGUUCGUCAGAAAUACAGGGUAGGGUGUGUUUAUUAAACACUAUUUAUCUCGAUUAUAAAAAAAAUUUUUCGAAUGCAAUUCUUCAUCAGGUGAUAACAAAUGUGGGCAAAUUUGAAAUUAUUUUUAUCCUUGAAAGGAUUACUUGCAUCUUAAGCCGGUACUACACGAUACUUUCAACGUCUUCCAACGUACAGCUGAAUAUUGGUAAGAAGGCUGGAGUCCUAAGCUGGUACUACACGAUGCGUUCAACGUUUGCGCCGAUAUUCGCCUUCCAAUGUAUAGUUGAUCAUUGGAAGGAUGGUUGGAACGUUACUCAAACUACUUAAAGAAAUGAAAACGUGGCGAAAAAGUUAUGCGCAUAUAUAAAACUGAAUGAUACUUGCAACUUUCGGUUUUUCAUAUAAAACAUGUAGCGAUCACGCGCAAGAGGACAAGAAGUUUUUAAGUACGAACCAGUUUUAGUUUUUAUUUAAUUUUAAUCCAAGAAUUAAUACCCUUAAUAUUGAUACUUAACGUCACUGGCAUUUUUUUUAUGGCGGACUGAAUAGUUAUAGCAGAUGGUUUCAAAUUUUGCAACAAGUUAAAAGUUUUUCAAUUUUAGAGAACGUUUUUUGUUCGCCUGAAAAAAUAAAUAAUGUCAAAUGAUACGAGGAUUGUUUACAAAGUUUCCAACUUAUCAAAAAAAAAUUGAAAAUCUAGUAGUUGGAAUUUCAGUUUUAGUUAAAAAGUUCUGUGGAUUUAAUGGAAACUAUUCACUUCGUAUUAUUUGUAAAAAAAAUAUUUAGUUUUUUUAUUAGACGAAUAAUGUAAAUAAUUGUAAAUAAAAAUUAAUUUUAUUGAAGCUUUAAAUAAUAUUAUUUAGAUUGUUAUAAUUUGUGUUUAUUUUUUUUUGUUUGUUUGUACACAAGUCUCGUAAUUUUGAAUUUACACAAAAUUGUUCAUAAUUUCAUUUAUUGUAUAAUAUGGCGAAAAAGUAAAAUGAUUUUGUUGUC